AUGUUCAAGAAGAUCAACGCGGUUUUCCGGCCGAACCGCGACUCCAGCACGCGACACGACUACCACAGCGCGUGCACGGUGAGGCUCGUGCGCAGCGCCUCCAUGCUCGCGGUCGGAGAGAGGAGUCGCGCGCAGAGGGACUCGACACUGAAGCGUAGCGCGAGCGCGGCGAGUGUUCAGUCCGGCAGCGCGCUCUACUAUUACCGCAGCCGGGAGGAGCGCGUGUGGUUCUAUUCCCAAAACCAGGAGUGUCUGGAGUAUCUGCAGGAGCUGGUCGCGCUCAGGCGACGCUACACCAAGAGCGUCAGCGACCUGAAGCAAGGCGAACGGCGAGAGCAAACCUCGAGCAAGAAGAAGCAGCCUGCACCUCAACCUCCACAGCAUGUAAAUCCUCAACCGUCUGCCCCACCAAUCCCUACUGAAGAGGACACACUGCAGUUUUUUGAUUCCGUUAUUGCCAGCUGUGACUCAGAGCGCACCCGAAAACCACAUGUGGACGAUGGCCAUGCGGAUGUAGACUUUAUUGUGGCGACUAGUACGAGUCAGCACGACCUCCAUUCUAACUGGGUGCUGCGAGACCCUCGACGGAUAUCCACAGAUGAGUCUCGGCUGAAGCGAGCACAGCUGGGGUCAGAUGAAGGUGCUUGGAGGAAGGCAGCAGGUGGGACCACCAGCAGUAUGAGACGGCUACAGAGAAACCCCAUCCACCUUCCCAAAGUGGUGGAGACUGCCUUGCAGACCCUGCGCUUCAAACCCAAGCUUAAGAAGAAAGAUUAGCACAUGGCAUUAACUGCAAAUGAUUGAUAAGCAUGCCAGCUGAUUAAUAAUGACAUACCGUUGUCACGGA